AUGCUGGGGGAGUACAAGACGAAGCACUACUGGGCCAUCCUCAUCGGGUUUGCUAUGGCCUACCUCAUCAAGAUGGUCCUCGCUCUCCCAGGCUCUCCUCUCUUCAACCUUCUCGGAGGAGCGCUCUUCGGCGUCCCCGUCGGCUUCAUCGUCUGCAUGGCCUGCACGAGCAUCGGCACAGCCUUGUGCUACGUCUUCUUCCAGACCUUCGGAGGCCCUGUGGUACGCUGGCUCCUGCUGGAGCAGCUGGUGAGGUUGGACGAGGCAGUGCGGCAUCACAGGCGGAGGCUGUUUUACUACCUCACAGUCAUCCGCAUCUUUCCCAUCACCCCUAACUUCUUCAUCAACCUUGCUGCUCCCUUGAUUCGCCUCCCCCUCGUUCCCCAUGUGGCGUCGGCAACCAUCGGCCUCGCCCCCAUCACCUUCCUUACGGUGCAGGCAGGAAUGACGCUGUCCUCGUUGGAGAGCCUUAAGGUCUCCUCCUCUCAAUCGUGCUGCUCGAGGCUCACGCACGCGGCACAGGAUGCGGUCGACAGAAGGAUCCUCAUCACCCUCGGCGGGCUCGCGAUCUUCGCGUCGAUCCCUCUCCUCUUCCGGUCUUUCUCCUCGUGCGAUCUCCCUCUCCCUCACUGCAGCACAGGAGGAGCGUUGAGAGGUCUCUUGAGAGCUUGUCCGACACCGAGCCAGGUCUGGACCUCUUCCUCUGCGCUCUCCUCAUCUGAUCCUCGAUGUAUCAGUUGUUGUUCCAGAGGUUCUCCGGGCUGA